AGUAAACGACAUGUUGCUCUAAGCAGCAUCCUAGCAAAACCAUAAUAGCUCCAAAGAAGUAAAAUACCCACGUGCGUGUCCACAAUUAUUCAUAAUUUUUGUACGCAAAAAAAAAAUUAAGGCCUAUAUCAUGAAAAAUAAUUCCAGACCCAAUGUAUGUAUAUAUAUACACCAUCAUGCAUCUACUUUUCUUCACAUAUAAGCAAUCUUAAUUGAUCUUCAGCUCCAAUCAAUCUCCUAUAGAUUAUGGAGUGCUCAUAUUGCCAAAUUCUGCUAGUAAUUGCAGCUGUAAUACUUGCACUGCAAGGCCACGCUUCAGCUACUACAAAGCAUUUCAAGUUUAGUGUGGAGUGGAAGACCGUAACAAGACUUUGCCAUACAAAGCCGGUCCUGACCGUGAACGGCAAAUAUCCAGGGCCGACUAUUGCUGUAAACGAAGGCGAUAACGUUCUAGUCACCGUCACUAACAGAGUUGCCAGAAACACUACCAUACACUGGCAUGGAGUGAGGCAGCUGAGAACGGGAUGGGCAGACGGGCCAGCAUACGUAACACAAUGCCCCAUAGCGCAAGGCAAAACAUACACAUACAACUUCACCGUUGUUGAUCAGAGGGGAACCCUGUGGUGGCACGCCCAUUUCUCAUGGCAACGGGCUUCUGUUUACGGCGCCUUCGUCAUCUACCCUCGCCUCCCCUACCCUUUCCCCUUCGCGUCUUCUCCUCUCGUCGAAGCGCCUUCUCCAAUCAUCUUCGGUGAAUGGUGGAACGCAGAUGUUGAUUCUGUAGAAAGUGAGAUGACCAGAUAUGGCGGCGGACCUAAUUCUUCCGACGCCUACACCAUUAAUGGUUUGCCUGGUCCCUUAUACCCCUGUUCCAUCAAAGACACAUUCAUCCAGAGCGUGGAGCAGGGCAAGACCUACAUACUAAGGAUCAUAAAUGCUGCCCUGAACGACGAGCUCUUCUUCGCGGUGGCCAACCACACUCUAACCGUGGUCGAGAUCGACGCCGUCUACACCAAGCCCUUCACAACACCCGCCAUCAUGAUCACCCCGGGCCAAACAACCACCGUUCUACUCACGGCAGACAACCCCGGCUCCACCGGCGUCUUCGUCAUGGCGGCAAGGCCUUACCUCACCUCAGUCUUCCCCUUCGACAACUCCACCACGAUCGGAUACUUGCAAUACACAACCAAACUCAACGGAAGCAGCAGCAAACCACUCAGCCUGCCGGCAAACCUCCCCGCAAUGGAAGACACCCCGUUCGCGACGCGCUUCACCAACGGCCUCCGCAGCCUGGCCUCGGCGGACUACCCCUGCAACGUGCCGCAGACGAUCGACAAAAGAGUGGUGACCACCAUCAGCUUGAACCUGCAAGACUGCCCCGAAAACCAGACGUGCAAGGGCUACUUAAACAGGCGAUUCUACGCGUCGAUGAGCAACCAAUCCUUCGUCCGCCCCUCCAUCUCCAUACUGGAGUCCCACUACCGCAACCUCGGGGGCCACUACACGUCGGAUUUCCCGGACAAUCCACCCCACAUAUAUAACUACACGGGGGUCGACCCCGUCGCCGAGAACAUGAACACGGAGUUCGGGACGCGAGUGCUGCAGGUGGAGUUCGGCACGAAGCUGGAGAUGGUGCUGCAGGACACCAACCUGCUGAACCCGGAGAACCACCCGAUCCACGUCCACGGCCACAACUUCUUCAUCGUGGGGCGGGGGUUCGGGAACUUUGACGCCGCCAAGGAUACGAAGGGGUACAAUCUGGUGGACCCGCCUGAGAGGAACACGGUGGGGGUGCCGGUGGGAGGGUGGGCGGCGAUUAGGAUCAACGCGGAUAAUCCGGGUGUGUGGUUCAUCCAUUGCCAUCUCGAGGAGCACACGUCGUGGGGGCUGGCGAUGGGAUUCAUUGUUAAGAGUGGGAAAGAUCCUACGCAGUCUUUGCUUCCUCCCCCAAAUGAUCUGCCUGUCUGUUGAGUUUUUUGAGUUGUAGCUUUGCUUGUGUACAUUCAGAAACAAAUUGCGUGAUGAGAAAUGACAACCGCCUCCGAUUUUCCA